AUGAGCAUAAUCCAUACUCCGCCGACGGACCACGACGAGCACGAGUCCUGGCCUGACAGUCCCCCACGAGGCCGGACCCUCGUGCGCGGAACCCCCGGUCGCAAGCGCAAGCGGCCCUAUCACGACGACCUCGAGUACCAACACGGCAUCGACAUGUCAACGGCUGCUACCAGUAUCGAGCCCGAGAAGAGACGUUGCAUCGAGCCAACUCCUCCUCAGUCUAUCAGUUCUCGUGUGGGAGAUCGCCCACCGCACUGGGAUACCGCAAAUGCGGCAAGUCGCGAGCGCACCGCAGACCUCAGUCCCGGUCGACGAUCCAGCCCGGUCCGCAAACAGCUCAACUCAUUACCGACAGCCGUACCGAGUAUCAUUGUGAAGCAGGGCAACAUCACCAAUCAUGAGUGUCAAGAGGCGCAGGAUCUACAAAGGAAGCUGGCAUACGCUGCAUUUGGAGCUCGUGUGCCCCAGGCGUUCCGGGAGCAACUACAACAGGAGGACAACAUUAUGCUUGACGCAUUCUCGCAGGACAUGCCGCCAGAGCUGUGCACUCCCGAGCUGCUGUGCAGUGUCAGGUACAUCUAUCGUACUGCCGCUGCUUGCGCUGGGUACAACAAAGACGAGAAUAGCUGGGUCAGAGUCGUGGAGAGUGUGCUCAAGACAGUCAUCUACGGCCAAUGUUUGGACUGGAUCGAAGAUGAUACGCAGGAGACUUGGCAAGUCCACAGCAUGUAUGCGCUUUCCUAUCACAUCUUGCUUCAUCUUUGCUAAUAACUCCAGACAAUCGCAAAAUAUCCACUCGCGGUUCAUGCUUAAAACAAAUGUUAUGUCGCUCCAAAAAAAGUCCGAUGUCGCAAUCACCUACUCUCCACUGAGUCCGGCUAUCCGCGAGCUGCGGGCGGAGAUGAUUAAGCAGGACGUCGGCAUGAGCCACUUCAGCGAUGCCUUCACCGAGUUCGUGCCGGUGGGUUUUCUGGUCGAGGUCAAGUCGCAAAGCGGAUCGAUGGACGAAGCAGAGCUCCAGAUUGCAGUUUGCGCAGCUGCCGCAAUCGCUUAUCUCGAUCUCUUGCGGCCCGCGGAACAAGACACCCCCCAGGAGAAACCCCCAGUCACACUCGGCUGGACCGUGUGCGGACACGACUGGAAGCUCUGGAUUGCUUGGCAAGGGGAGGAGAAGGCAGUCCACGUGCGAGGCAUCAAUCUGGGAUCCGCUCUUGGUUCAAUUGGAACAUCAGGCUUGGGGAAUAUUUUUGCUCUAAUUUGUGUUCUUCGGCGGGCAAUACAGUGGCUGGAUGAAGAGUACAUGCCGGUGUACACACGUUUGGCGCGGCGGAGCUUGGGCAUGGAACCACAAUAUGAAUGA